UUAUAUCUCUCUUUCUCUGCCCUGCAAAUUCUCCGUCGGUAGUCCUCAAAACUCGACCCAUUUCUCCUCUCUAUUCACACAGCUACAGCAAUAUUAUUGUAUUCAACGUGUAAUUAAUUAUAUAUAAAUAUAUACCAAUCCGCAAUUCGACGGUGGAACAAUUUUUCGUUGAAUAGUCUGAUGAAAGUGACUCAUCAGAUCCAUGGGCAUUCUUCCUAGCUUCUUCUCCCCAAUGCGUCGUGUUAGAUCUCUCUCCACCCCCUCCUCCCCUCCUCCUCCUCCUCCUCCAUUCUCUAUUUACCCAAUCCUGUCCCUUUUUCGCGGCUAAAUUUCCCUUUUCCGCUUCAAUUCUUUUCUUUCCUGUAUAAUCCUAGGGUUAGGAUAGAUUUUUUGUUUUUGUUGUAGAUUUCCGAUAUUUUGGAGAUUGCUCGGAAACUAUCGGGAUGAAGGCGGCAGCAGGACUAACGUCAGCUUCCAGCCGGCUGUUUACGUUCGGUCUGGUGACGGCCUGGUAUUCGUCGAAUAUAGGAGUUUUGUUGCUCAACAAAUAUUUGCUCAGCAAUUAUGGGUUCAGGUAUCCGAUCUUUUUAACUAUGUGUCAUAUGACGGCGUGUUCUUUGUUGAGCUACAUUGCGAUUGCUUGGUUGAAGAUGGUCCCCAUGCAGACUAUAAGAUCUAGGAAACAGUUCUUCAAGAUCUCUGCUUUGAGUCUCGUCUUUUGUGGAUCCGUUGUUAGCGGUAAUAUCUCCCUCCGUUUUUUGCCCGUCUCCUUUAAUCAGGCCAUUGGUGCUACCACGCCGUUCUUCACGGCCGUCUUUGCGUAUUUGAUGACCUUUAAGAGAGAGGCUUGGUUGACUUAUGUCACUCUCAUUCCUGUUGUCACUGGAGUCGUGAUUGCCAGUGGGGGCGAGCCAAGUUUCCACUUAUUUGGGUUUAUUAUGUGCGUUGGUGCAACAGCUGCAAGGGCCCUCAAGUCUGUACUACAGGGAAUUUUACUUUCUUCUGAGGGGGAAAAGCUGAAUUCCAUGAAUCUUCUGCUGUACAUGGCUCCUAUAGCUGUUGUACUUCUACUUCCUGCCACACUGUACAUGGAGAAAAAUGUAGUUGGUAUCACAUUGGCACUGGCAAAAAAUGAUAUCAGGAUUAUCUGGUAUCUGCUAUUCAAUUCAGCACUUGCAUAUUUUGUGAAUUUGACCAAUUUUUUGGUCACAAAACACACCAGUGCUCUGACUCUUCAGGUCCUUGGAAACGCAAAAGGUGCUGUUGCUGUUGUUGUCUCAAUACUAAUAUUUAGGAAUCCAGUAUCAGUUACAGGGAUGCUUGGCUAUUCACUCACAGUGUUUGGAGUGGUGCUCUACAGUGAAGCCAAGAAGCGUAGUAAAUGAGAAAUUAACCUAGGGAAAAAAAUUCAACUGCAGUUUUCCACUAGUUAUGCGAGGACAGGUGCAAUGUUCCUUAUUCAUGCCAGGAUUGUCUAUUUUGCAGCUGGUAUCUUGGGUUGUUGCCCUGAUACAUAUUUUUUGGUUAGAGACCUCGGAGAAAGCCUUCCAUCUGUAUCAGAAAUGUCAGCAAUUUAGCCAAAGUAGAAUUUAUUAAUAAGUGAUUUGUACGACUCUUCACUCUUCCCCAGCUUGGAGUCAUUAAAGAUAGAUCUUUUUAUACUAGUAUUUUAUUCUUUCAGGAAAC